GGAGGGGAAAGGGCAGGAGAGAGGGGGUUCUGGGAGGCUGCAGGGCAGGGGGCCCGGAGGCUGCUGACAUCUUCAUGUUCCCUCCCUUUCCUGGCUUGGGGCCAGCUCGGCCAGCCCCCUCCCAGCAGGAGGCCUCUUGGUCCCCUGGCGUCCCAAGCCCGGGGAACAAACAGCAGAUAAGUCAGGGAGGGGACAGCGGCCCCGCUGGGGGCAGCCCGGGCAGGCUCGGGGACAGAUAAAACCGUGGCUAGGAGCUGCCCCAGAAUAUAACCGUAGCAGGGCCCAGAGAGCUCCGGAAACUCGCCCGGGCCGCACGGCGAGACGUGCGCGGUGGCGGCCCUGCCGUCCGCGAGCCCGGGCCCCAUGUGGCAGCGCCCCACGUGCAUGUCCCACGCAGCUCCUUCCGCCCCGCGGGCGCCGCCAGUGAACGCUGCCGACGCCCGCAGGUCGAGCACCGAGCUGCGCAAGGAGAAGUCCCGGGAUGCGGCCCGCAGCCGGCGCAGCCAGGAGACCGAGGUGCUGUACCAGCUGGCGCACACGCUGCCCUUCGCGCGCGGGGUCAGCGCGCACCUGGACAAGGCCUCCAUCAUGCGCCUCACCAUCAGCUACCUGCGCAUGCACCGCCUCUGCGCCGCAGGGGAGUGGAACCAGGUGGGAGCAGGGGGCGAAGCUCUGGAUGCCUGCUACCUGAAGGCCCUGGAGGGCUUCGUCAUGGUGCUCACUGCCGAGGGAGACAUGGCUUACCUGUCGGAGAAUGUCAGCAAACACCUGGGCCUCAGUCAGCUUGAGCUCAUCGGACACAGUAUCUUUGAUUUCAUCCAUCCCUGCGACCAAGAGGAGCUCCAGGAUGCGCUGACUCCGCGGCAGAGCCUAUCCAAAAAGAAGCCGGAGGUCCCCACCGAGCGCUGCUUCUCCCUGCGCAUGAAGAGUACUCUCACCAACCGUGGGCGCACCCUCAACCUCAAGGCAGCCACCUGGAAGGUGCUGCACUGCUCUGGACACAUGAGGGUCUACAAGCCCCCUGCACAGGCUUCCCCAGCGGGGAGCCCCAACUUGGAGCCUCCUUUGCAAUGCCUGGUGCUCAUCUGUGAAGCCAUCCCCCACCCGGGCAGCUUGGAGCCCCCACUAGGCCGGGGGGCCUUCCUCAGCCGCCACAGCCUGGACAUGAAGUUCACUUACUGUGAUGAGAGGAUCGCAGAGGUCGCUGGCUACAGCCCUGAUGACCUGAUUGGCUGCUCUGCCUAUGAGUACAUUCACGCUCUGGACUCGGACGCCGUUGGCCAGAGCAUCCACACCCUGCUGAGCAAGGGCCAGGCAGUAACGGGGCAGUAUCGCUUCCUGGCCCGGAGUGGUGGCUAUCUGUGGACCCAGACUCAGGCCACAGUGGUGUCAGGGGGCCGGGGUCCCCAUUCUGAGAGUAUCGUCUGCGUCCACUUCUUGAUCAGCCGGGUGGAAGAGACCGGAGUGGUGCUGUCCCUGGAGCAAACGGAGCGACACUCUCGCAGACACUCUCAGCGGGGCACCCCCUCCCAGAAGGACACCCCUAAUCCCGGGGACAGCCUUGAUGCCUCUGGUCCCCGGAUCCUGGCCUUCCUGCACCCCCCUGCCCUGAGCGAAGCCACCCUGGCCGCUGAUCCCCGCCGCUUCUGUAGCCCUGACCUUCGUCGCCUCCUGGCACCAAUCCUGGAUGGGACUUCAGUAGCCGCCACCCCCAGCGCACCCCUAGCCACACGGCGCCCCCAAAGUCCUCUUCCGGCUGAUCUCCCAGAUGAACCACUCAUGAACAUGGAAAAUACACACAAACUCUUGGCCUCAGGGAAAGACCUUGAGGCUGUGGAGACGGAUCUAGAUAUAGCUCAGGAUGUCGAUGCUCUGGAUUUGGAGAUGCUGGCCCCCUACAUCUCCAUGGAUGAUGACUUCCAGCUCAACUCUAGUGAGCAGCUACCCAGGGCCUUCCACAGACCUCCAGGAGCCAUCCCCAGGCCCCGUGCACGGAGCUUCCAUGGCCUGUCACCCCCAACCACUGAGUCCUCCUUGCUGCCCCGCUGGGGGAGUGACCCCCGGCUGAGCUGUUCCAGCCCUUCCAGAGGGGACCCCUCGGCCUCCUCCUCCAUGGCUGGGGCUCGGAAGAGGACCCUAGCUCAGAGCUCAGAAGACGAGGCUGAGGGGGUGGAGCUGCUGGGAGUGAGACCCCCCAAACGGUCCCCCAGCCCAGAACCCGAAAACUUCCUGCUGCCUCCCCUCAGCCUGAGUUUCCUUCUGACAGGAGGGCCAGCCCCAGGGAGCCAGCAGGAUCCCAGCACCCACCUCCUGGAACUGAAUGAGCCCCUGCGCCUGGGCCCCUCGCUGCUCUCUCUCUACCCGGAUGAGGACACCGUGGAGCCCAGGAGCCACUUCCAACCAGCGGUGGGCUUGGCCCAGGCCAACUGAGCCAGGCCCUCUUCCCUUCUCCCUGCCACUCCCCAGAAAGGACCUCAACCACACUCCACGCCGGCAGCCAACGCACAGGAUGGGGGUGCCAGGAGAGGGGUUCCCUCUCUCUUCUUGGUGGCCCCUGCCCAUCUUGGGCCUACCUCAGCUCUCACCCCUCUGCCCCCGACAUCUGGGGGCUCUUUGGGGUGGUCUCAGCUCAGUGACCUCUGGGAGGGGGGUCCCUGGAGCCCUCCUCCUCCUUCUCUCAGGACUUCCCUUGGGGUUCUCAAUACUGCUUACCUCAUCUCUUUCUCCAACUCUCCUGGCUCAAUUUUGGUAAUUGGGGGGGGAGGGGAAGGUUGGGAUUCAGACCUGUGUUUCUGGGCUCUGGGGAGUAUUGAUAACCAUGAUCACCUUUCUUUCCAUCCAUCUUUCUUUUAUUUUUAUCCUUGUUGUUUUCAUGAUGUUUUUAAUCGCUAUGAAUUGCCUGGGGUCCAUGAGAAUGCAGGACCCUGAUCCCCCCUCCUCCCUCAGGUGUUAAUGGGGAGGGGCCUCUGGCGCAGACUUCACCCCUAGCAACUUCUGAUCAAUCCCUUAGCCUCCCAAGUGGCCACCCCGCUCCACCCGCCCCUCCACUUGGGACUUCUGCUGCCCCCAGCCUCGCCGGGACACUAGCUCCAUUUACGGGCUUCCUAUUACCAGGGGUAACCUGCAGCUUCCUCUGCUCCCGGACCAUGCAACCUCAAGCUCUCUAUGCUUCUAGACCACACAACCUCAGACCUUCUCUAGUCCUAGACUGCACAGCCCCCAGCAGGUUGGGUUCAGACCCCAUAUCCCCCAAACCCCUCUUCUCGUCCUGGACCCACCACCUCUAGCACUGUCUCUUUUCAUACUUCCGUGGUCUCCUAAGUUGUCUGGUUCUAGGUCUCACAGCUCCCAGGUCCCUCAAGCUCCAGAGCCUACACCCACCAGAGUCCUCUGGUUCUAGAACUCACUCUGACUUCCUCUGGUUCCACACCUUUCUGUAAAUAAGUCUCCCUUGUACCAGAUGUCACAUGCUCCAACUCCUGCUGAUUCCACCUCUUACAACCAACAACUGCCUCUGAUUCCAGACUGAACCCACAACCCAAGCUUCGUAUUGGUUUUAGUCUUCCUCAUGUGUGAUACAUUUGGCUCCAAACCCAGAAUUCCAAAUUUCUAAGUCAUUUUGGUGGUACACUUCACAAUACCCAGCUCAUUCCUUUUCAACUUUUUACACUCAACACUUGUUUUUCCAAUCAAAGAGGAGUAAAAUGAGUUUUAUGUCACUCUUACAACCAUUAUAGUACUUCCAGGGCAGACACCGCACGCCAGGUCUCUUCUGCUCUAGACCUUGUGACCUCCAACAUCCACUGGUUCCUGACUACAUCACCUUUAGAACUUGCAGUUCCCAGGACCCUGUGAUUCCAGAGAUGAUGAUCUUUUUUCUCUGAUUUUUGAACGUGGCUUCAGAUGUCUUCUGAUUCCAGACCUCACCCUGUUAAUUCCUGUGGUUCUAGACCUCACAAUCUCCAGUUUGCUCUCCAAAUCUUAUGACUCCAAAUUACUCUAGAUCUAGAACUUAGCUUUCAGACAUCUUCUGAUUAUAGACCUUGCCUUUAUACAUUUUUCUGGUUCUAGACCCUACAAUGCCCAACUCCUGAUUUUAGAUCUAGAUCUUAUGACUCCAAAAUCUCUCUGGUUCUAGAACUCAGUUCUUAGAGUUUUGUGAAUUCUAUUCUUGCUCUAUAGAUUCCUCUGGUUCUAGACCUCACAGCCUCCAGCUAUCUCUGACUUCAGAUCCAAAUUCUUUUGGUUCUAGAACUUAGCCUCCAGGUGUUCCUGAUUCUACAAUCUGGAUGUCACCCUGUGGAUUCCUCUGGUUUGGAUUCCUCUGACUCUCUGAUUCCAGACCCCAUCCUUGUAACUCUAUUCUAGGCUUCCUAUCCUACUCAACUUGCCCCACUUCCUGUUCUGUCUCAAGUCUUCCCAUUCCAAGUCCCUCUACUAGGGGACUUCAUGCUCAAGCCUCGCCAUCCUCAAGCUCAUACCUUACAGUUACCCUGUCCUAGAGCCACCACCACUGCCCCCCUCAGCUCUCCAGGGAUGCACUUACCUUUACUUUACCCCAGGUACCUGGGGGGCCUGGGGCUCCCUUUACAAUCCAAGAGACUUCCCCAGCCGCACAGAGACACGCACAGCCCUAUCUGCAUAUCACAGGGUGGGGAGAGAGGCCAGGACUCCUCAGUCCUCUACGACCACCUUUGUGUCACUCUUACCCUCCAAACCUAUUUCUACGAUGGUGCUACUCUGGGUCUCCCACACAAAAAGGCCUCCCUCUCUCAGCUCAAUUCACCCCCUUUUUGGAAGGCACUUCUCACUCUGUUUUGUCAUGGGAUGGCCUAUCCAGAUUGGUGCUAUGGGGGAAGAGGGUCUGGGCCCUCUCUCCCUCAGGGGGUAAUCUGGGCCCUCAAAUUAGGUUCCGGGGAACUGGGCUGGGUUGGGGAGGGGAAGGGACUGGACCAGCCACUCUGGCUCUGAAACCCACUAAUUUCUACACCACCAUAAAGAUCUUGCCUUGGUAGGCACCAGA